AUGGGUUAACAGCUCAUGGCGAGGAAGCCAAGGUGUCAUCUGAUACCCUCGGUGUCUCAGCUGAGAGGCAGGACACUACUCCUCCAGGCCAGGAUAACAGUUUCAGUAACACAACUGGCAGACACCAACACCAUUUUUAUGGAGACCACGACUACAGUUGCUGAAUCUUCAACAAGUGCUGGGAACACAGCGGGUCUCUCUGCCUCGGUUGAUGCUUUAAAUGAUUUGGCCCUGAGGCUGGUGAACGGUGGUGACCGCUGUCAGGGUCGGGUGGAGGUGCUGUACCGAGGCUCCUGGGGCACCGUGUGUGAUGACAGCUGGGACACCAAUGACGCCAACGUGGUGUGCAGGCAGCUGGGCUGUGGCUGGGCCACGUCAGCCCCCAGUAGUGCACGGUUUGGGCAGGGCUCAGGCCCGAUCGUCCUGGAUGACUUGCGGUGCUCAGGACACGAGUCCUACCUGUGGAGCUGCCCCCACAACGGCUGGAACUCGCACAACUGCGGCCACUCGGAGGAUGCGGGGGUCAUCUGCUCAGCCUCCCAUUCGCAGUCCACCACCACUCCAGACUGGUGGCGCACAACGACCCCUUAUUAUGACUGGUGGACCACGACGACUCCUGUCACUGGGUCCGAAUCAGGUUUGGCCUUGAGGCUGGUGAACGGCGGUGACCGCUGUCAGGGCCGGGUGGAGGUGCUGUACCGAGGCUCCUGGGGCACCGUGUGUGAUGACAGCUGGGACACCAACGACGCCAACGUGGUGUGCAGGCAGCUGGGCUGUGGCUGGGCCACGUCGGCCCCCGGCAGUGCCCGGUUUGGGCAGGGCUCAGGCCCGAUCGUCCUGGACGACUUGCGGUGCUCAGGACACGAGUCCUACCUGUGGAGCUGCCCCCACAACGGCUGGAACUCGCACAACUGCGGCCACUCGGAGGACGCGGGGGUCAUCUGCUCAGCCUCCCAUCCGCAGUCCACCACCACUCCAGACUGGUGGCGCACAACGACCCCUGUUUACGACUGGUGGACCACGAGGACUCCUGUCACUGGGUCUGAAUCAGGUUUGGCCCUGAGGCUGGUGAACGGCAGUGACCACUGUCAGGGCCGGGUGGAGGUCCUGUACCGAGGCUCCUGGGGCACCGUGUGUGAUGAUAGCUGGGACACCAACGACGCCAACGUGGUGUGCAGGCAGCUGGGCUGUGGCUGGGCCACGUCGGCCCCCGGUAGUGCACGGUUCGGGCAGGGCUCAGGCCCGAUCGUCCUGGAUGACUUGCGGUGCUCAGGGCACGAGUCCUACCUGUGGAGCUGCCCCCACAACGGCUGGAACUCGCACAACUGCGGCCACUCGGAGGACGCGGGGGUCAUCUGCUCAGCCUCCCAUUCGCAGUCCACCACCACUCCAGACUGGUGGCGCACAACGACCCCUGUUUACGACUGGUGGACCACGACGACUCCUGUCACUGGGUCCGAAUCAGGUUUGGCCUUGAGGCUGGUGAACGGCGGUGACCGCUGUCAGGGCCGGGUGGAGGUGCUGUACCGAGGCUCCUGGGGCACCGUGUGUGAUGACAGCUGGGACACCAACGACGCCAACGUGGUGUGCAGGCAGCUGGGCUGUGGCUGGGCCACGUCGGCCCCCGGCAGUGCCCGGUUUGGGCAGGGCUCAGGCCCGAUCGUCCUGGACGACUUGCGGUGCUCAGGGCACGAGUCCUACCUGUGGAGCUGCCCCCACAACGGCUGGAACUCGCACAACUGCGGCCACUCGGAGGACGCGGGGGUCAUCUGCUCAGCCUCCCAUUCGCAGUCCACCACCACUCCAGAGUGGUGGCGCACAAUGACCCCUUAUUACGACUGGUGGACCACGACGACUCCUGUCACUGGGUCCGAAUCGGGUUUGGCCUUGAGGCUGGUGAACGGUGGUGACCGCUGUCAGGGCCGUGUGGAGGUCCUGUACCGAGGCUCCUGGGGCACCGUGUGUGAUGACAGCUGGGACACCAAUGACGCCAACGUGGUGUGCAGGCAGCUGGGCUGUGGCUGGGCCAAGUCGGCCCCCGGCAGUGCCCGGUUUGGGCAGGGCUCAGGCCCAAUCGUCCUGGACGACUUGCGGUGCUCAGGGCACGAGUCCUACCUGUGGAGCUGUCCCCACAACGGCUGGAACUCACACAACUGCGGCCACUCAGAGGAUGCGGGGGUCAUCUGCUCAGGUGUGCACACCACUGCUUCUACCCCAGGUUGGUGGCACUCAUCAUCUGUAACCACUGAGGGACCCUCUUCAAAUUGUGGUGGCAUCUUCUUCAACACCAGUGGAACAUUUUCCAGCCCAUCCUACCCUGAAUAUUACCCCAACAAUGCCAAGUGUGUCUGGGAAAUAGUAGUGAACUCUAGCUAUCGUGUAAACCUGGGCUUCAGCAACGUGCAAUUGGAGAUAAACAAUAAUUGCAGUCUCGAUUAUGUUGAAAUCUUUGAUGGAUCGCUGAACAGCUAUAAUUUGCUGGGGAAAAUUUGUAACGCCACCACGCAGAUAUUCACAUCUUCUUAUAAUCGAAUGAUUGUUCGAUUUCGGAGUGAUGUCAGUUUCCAAAACACCGGCUUUUCGGCUUGGUAUAACUCUUUUCCAAGAGAUGCCAGCUUGAGAUUAGUCAAUUCAAACGUCUCCCAUACAUGUUCUGGGCGUGUGGAAAUUUACCACGGUGGCAAGUGGGGGACAGUUUGUGAUGAUUCCUGGAGCAUUCAGGAUGCCCACGUGGUCUGCAGGCAGCUGGAGUGUGGAUAUGCAGUAUCAGCCCUGGGAAACGCCUAUUUUGGCUCUGGCUCUGGCCCCAUCACCCUGGACGAUGUGCAGUGCUCAGGGAUGGAGUCUAACCUCUGGCAGUGCCAGAGCCGAGGCUGGUUCUCCCACAAUUGUGCCCACAGUGAAGAUGCUGGAGUCAUUUGCUCAGGAAGAAGUCACCUAACAACAUUUGCUCCUGGGCAAAACGGCACCCGCCCAGCCACAAAUUAUUCCUGUGGAGGCUUCCUGUCCCAGCCAUCAGGGGUGUUUUCCAGCCCCUUCUAUCCAGGGAACUAUCCAAGUAACGCCAAAUGUGUGUGGGACAUCGAAGUCCAAAACAACUACCGCGUGACUGUGGUCUUCAGAGAUGUUGAGCUUGAAAGCGGCUGUAACUAUGACUACGUGGAAGUGUUUGACGGACCCCACCAAAGCUCCCCGCUCAUCACCCGGGUUUGCGAUGGGGCCAGGGGCUCCCUCACUUCGUCGUCCAACUUUAUGUCCAUCCGCUUCGUCAGUGAUGGCAGCAUCACAAGGAGAGGGUUCAAGGCUAACUACUACUCUAGUCCGUCCAAUGAAAGCACCAACCUGCUUUGUCUGCCAAAUCACAUGCAAGCCAGCGUGAGCAGGAGCUACCUCCAGUCCCUGGGCUAUUCUGUCUGGGACCUUGUCAUUCUCAACUGGAACGGGAGCUCCCUGUGUCAGAGUCGGAUAACGUCCAGCCGGGUGACAUUCACAAUUCCCUACACGGGCUGCGGCACCAUCAAGCAGGUGGAUAAUGAUACCAUCAUCUACUCCAACCUCCUCAAAGCGGCUCCUUCUGAUGGCAUCAUUAGGAGGGAACAGGGCCUCCGCAUUCACGUCAGCUGCAGGAUGCUCCAGGACACCUGGGUCGACACAAUGUACAUUGCUAAUGACAGCAUCGAGGUCAACAAAGUCCAGUAUGGCAAUUUUGACGUUAACAUCUCCUUCUACACAUCCUCUUCAUUCGCACAUCCUGUGACCAGCCGCCCAUACUAUGUGGAUGCGAACCAGAAUGUGUACCUUCAGGCCAAAAUCAUUCAUCCCGACACUUUCCUGGCCUUGUUUGUGGACACCUGUGUGGCGUCACCAUAUUCCAAUGACUUUACAUCUUUGACUUAUGAUAUAAUCCGGAGCGGGUGUGUGAAGGACAAAACCUACCAAUCCUACUAUCAGCCAUUACCCCACAUUGCCCGCUUCAAAUUCAGUACCUUCUACUUCCUGAACCGCUUCCCGUCCGUGUACCUGAAGUGUAAAAUGGUGGUGUGCAGGUUGAACGACUACUCCUCCCGGUGCAGCAGAGGCUGCGUGAGGAGGUCCAAGAGGGAUGUGGGCUCCUACGAGGAGAAGGUAGAUGUCGUCCUGGGACCUAUCCAGCUGCAGGCCCCACAUGUCGAGAAGAGGAGCCUGGACCUGCCAGCGGCUAGUGUGGAGGAGCAGGCCAGUGCCCAGGGGAGCUAUCACAGCGCUGCCAUCUCCGCUGGGGUCUUCCUGGUCGUGGUCCUGGCUGUGGCGGCCUUCACACUGGGAAGGAGCACCCGGGCUACCAGUGGCCAGCCUCUGAGCCAGAAGGUGUGAGCCAGGAGACUGCACGUGGCACUCAGACACUGGCCCCAUGCACUCCGGAACCCGUGAGGCAGGAGUUGUCGAGUGCCCAGAGUGUGACAUCCAGCAGCACCCAAACUCUCUUACCUUGUUGCAGGUGCCUGGGGUUGUGUGUUGGUGGGAGGGGGGGGAGGGGAGCACUGAGGUCAUGGUGCAGCCAGGUAAGGGUUUUCCUAGAAACACAGGGUUAGUGCUGGGACAAAUGCAAGCAGAUGCCAAUACCUAAAACUGUGCAUGCAGCUAUGAGCCAAAUGCUAGGAAUAGCAAAGUUUCCUCCAAGUAUAAUUUUUUUCCUCACCUUUUACAAACUAGCUCCUUUGGCCUGUAAUAUACAUCUUAGCCUUUCCUUAUGAUAGAAAAGUAGAAUAAAGAACUUUUUUCAGAGCAA